AUGGAGCUGGAUCCUGCCAAGCUGAAUGACUACCCGAUCAAGAUCUUGCAGAACUACUGCAAGACGCAGAACCUGGCGGUGAGAGGGACGCGGAAGAACGACUACGUGCUGGUCAUCUUGGCCCAUCUCCAAAAGACCAACAAGACGGACGGCGUCAAGAUCGCGCGGGCGAGCGCCAAGCUCGGGAUCGAUGCCGAGGCCGUGAAGAAGUGGGAGGAGGAGGAGCAGCGCCGGCGCGACGAAGAGCGGGUCAAGUACGAGCAGUGGCGCGCCGAAGAGGACGAGCGCAAGCGCAAGGCCCACGCCGAGGAGCUCCGCCUGCUCGAGGAGAAGCAGCGCCAGGCCGCCAGGGAGGAGGAGGCCAAGCGCGAGUGGCACGAGCUCAAGAAGAAGGGCGCCCGCCGCCGCGAGCUCGACGCCCAGCGCGCCCGCGAGCGCGCCCUCGGCUCCGUCGGACAGCUGCCCUGGACCCUCGACACCUUCCUCCGCCCGUACCCCGCUCCCUCCCCUCAGACGUCCCUCUCGCCAUCGCCAUCGCCAACUGCGGCGGCCGCGGCGGCGGAGAAGGUGCGGCGGCUCAAGGCCGACCCGACGAGCUACUUCUCCCGCCUGCCCGAUGGUGUGCUCGCGCACUGCCUCCACUAUGUCGACCCCGCUUCGUCGUCGUCGUCUUCAUCGUCGGCGGCGACGGCGGCGGCAGAGCGGACGCAGGGCCAGAUGCGGUGCCUGCACGUGGAGAAGCCGGAGGCGGGCCACGCGGUGCGGAUCGUGGCAGCGCUGGAGCUGAACAAGAAGGGCCAGCGGUCGCUGGUGGUGAUCAACAAGCCGGGGCUGUCCUACCUCGAGCAGCUGGAGCAGGCCGAGGUGUGGGUGGGCCAGCGCGGGGGCAAGCUCGCCGUCUACACGAUCGACCUCAAGCACCUCAAGGACUCCCGGAGCGAGAAGUGGAAGAAGCGGCAGACCUUCCGGGUGCGCGACGAGCGCGAGAAGCAGAGCGUGCGUCAGCUCGUCCAGGUCGGCCAGCGCGUGUGGGCCAUGGCCGAGGCCGAGGAACCCGCCGUGUUCGAUCUCAAGACGUACUCGCAGCUGUCGCUGCCUGAAGGGAAGAAGGGACGCGAGGUCAUCCGGUGCCUCGGGCACACGCCAGAGCAAUCUGUGGUGUGGGCCGGAUUCACCGCGGGUCUCCUCCGAGGCUACGAUGCUGAUGACAUGUCAGUCGUGUGCGAGCACUCAAUUCGACCAUCGAAGAAGACGAAGGCCAAGAAGACCAAAGACGACAAGGAGGACGAAGAGGACCGCGAGAGGAUCAACUGCAUGCUUCCCAUCGGCAGCUCCCAUCUCUGGGUGGGCACCACCAAGGGCAUCCGCACUUUUUUCAUCGCUCCAAGCGGAAAGGGCAAGGAGGUGCAGCUGCUGCCGGCUUCGUUCCUGCCGACGGACAAGCCCGUGGCGGCGCUCUGCCGCUCGAGCUUCGACGAAGAGGAGGCCGCGCCCGGGUCGCCGCCGCUCAAGCGGGUGUGGGUGACGACCAAGGACAGCAUCUGGGUGGUCCAGUGCACCGAAGAGGGCCGCAUGACCGGCGUUUCGGCCAAGAUGAGCGGAGGGCUCGCAUUCCCUGCUGACGGCCUCGUCGAGCUGGGCAGCACCGUCUUCACCUACGGCUCCGCUCAACGGAUGGUGCUCUGGUCCGCUCGAGACGUGAGUUACCUUUCCUCGGGUCCGGACAUGGACGCCUACUACGGUACGACGGACAAGAGCAAGAAGCGGAAGACCAAGUGGAACGACAGCGUCAAGGGCAUGUGCAGCGGGCCGGAGUUCUACGUCGGGGUGCGCACGCUGUGGACCGUCGACGACCAGUUCCUCGCCGUGUGGCGCGCCGAGUGA